AUGAGAUUUUUCCCAGGAUGGCCGGAAUUCGAAGCUCCAGGGAGCUACUGGCUCUCCCUGUGUCUGCUCUUUUUGCUUGCUUUUUCGGCCGAGUUUUGCUCUCUGAUGAGCAGGAUCAAGAAGCAGGAAAUGGGGUUGAAGUCCCUGUUGUACGAUGCUGGAGUUCAUGCACUGAGGGUGUUCAUGGCUUAUCUGGUCAUUAUCUCUAUCAUCACCACAGAUUUCUCGUUUUUCCUGGCUGCAGUCUUCGGCCAUGGCGCCGGUCAUCUCGCUUCCGAGCUUUACCAGUGUCAUAUGGACCAAGAGAUGAACACACGCUUACCUGGUACCUUGUCUGAUGGUUUGGUUACAAAACUCUCAGAAGUAUGCAUUAGCACCUCUGCAGCACCAACUUAUCUACCAGCCCACUAUUUCAAGAACAACGAUUCUCAAGGAAGGGAACGAGAAUUCAACCUCGUUGAUGGCGGGGUGGACGCAAAUAACCCUACAACAACACCGUUCUGA